UUUCCCUUCGUGGUGACGUUCGUGAGUAUCUUUACCCACAAUGCACAGCGACAGAGCCACGUAAACAGAACAGAGGAACUGGAGUAUUUUAAAGCUGCACGUUGUUAGAUGUCCGCAUGAUGUUACAUUUUUUCUCCAGAUCUGCAGUGAGACAUCCAAAGCUCUAACAUGUCGAUGGUGUUGUUUGCUUCGGUGGUCCGAGUUGGAGAUGGUCUUCCUCUCUCAGCAUCAACUGAUUAUGAGAUGGAGAAAGAGCUUCAGGAGACAAAGAGACACCUCAAAGGGCUUUCAAGGAAGCUCAACCAGUUCCCUGACCGCUGCACACUUAAGUCUGGACCAUAUAAUGUAAAUUUCACCAGCUCUCUGGGUGUUGGAUAUCUGAUGGUGUGCACUGCGAAUUACCCAAACGUGCUGGCAUUCUGCUUCCUGGACGAGCUACAGAAGGAGUUCAUCGUCACCUAUGACCCCAAACGUAUCAGCAGCGCCGUGCGGCCAUACUCCUUCAUUGAAUUUGACACUUUCAUCCAGAAGACCAAGCAGCGCUACAACAAUCCUCGUUCCUUGUCUACAAAGAUCAACCUGGCUGACAUGCAGACAGAGAUUAAGCUGCGGCCGCCCUAUCAGCUUUCCCCCGACGAUCUGCAGGCUAUCAAUGGAUUCUCUGUGCACACGCCGUCAAAGUACAAAGGCAUAGCUCCCACACAGAUGUUGGAACCCGUGUGUCUCCCAGGCGUCAUAUCUUGCGUGCUGAGCGUCCUCUGUGGCGGGCUGAACCUCCUUCGAGGAGUCCAUGCUAUAGAGAGCGUGCUGCAGAAUGAUGAUGAAGACUUUAAUUAUGUGAUUGCCUUCUUCCUCGGCACAGCUGCCUGUCUGUAUCAGUGCUACCUGUUUGCAUACUUCUCUGUCUGGAGGAACAGUAAGUCCUUCCUGGCGUUUGCACUCAUAUGUCUGUCCAACAUGUACCUGUAUGAACUGAGGAACGUUUGGCAGAUCCUCUUUCAUGUGGCAGUGGGAGCCUUCAUGACGCUGCAAAUCAGACUGAGGCAGCCUUUGGGAAAAUCACCAGACUAUAAUGUCUGACAAAACGGACCUGGAAAGACGGCGAGCAGCACCUUCACGGAUCAGGGAAAAAGAGAAUCGCUGGAGAGAUCACUUUUUUUUUUUGGAGUUGAAUCCACUUCAGGACUUUAUUGGACUAGUGUUUUUACAAGCUCGUUUGCUCGCUUUCUGUCGGCUAAACCAAGUAUUUAAAAAAAUCAAAUCAAAUAUUGCAGUCCCCCUGUUAUUGUUCUAUAUGCAAAGAUUUUACAUUUAUGAUACAAGAAGAUCAUAAAUUAACAUGACGACCAAACUCCAAAGAUGUAAAUCAUGUGAGAGAAAAGGUGUUUUACGUGAUUGUGUGUCAAGUCAGAAACCCGAAGGCCACAGACACUCAACUGCAUUUGACCCGAAUGAUUAAAGUAAUUCUAAAUAUUAUUACCACAUAGUUCUGUGUUUAUCUAGUUUUGAGUACAUUCAGUCCAAAUAAAGGGUUGAAGCGCUGAAGCCCAAUACAGACUGUUUUUCCUGACAAACUGACUGUUUCACACAUCCCUUCAUUUUUAUGUAAUAAAUGAAUAAAACACAUAGAACAUCAACCAAAAAAACCAGGAAGUGUGGCGCUAUAAAAUCAAGCUCAGAAACCAAUUUUACUCUAAAAAUCAUUUAUAUUUACCAAAUAAGUUUAGAAUGCAUUUUUAUUAAUUUUUUAGGGGUAUUAUUACAGUCACAUUACAAGCCAAACUAUCCUUGUAAAAUGUUUUAAUAUUUUGUUGGUUUUUAGUUUAUUUUCUUUCCUCAUCACCCUUUUAACUAUACAUCUCAUAAAUUAAAUUGACUAUGUAGAAUUUGCAGGAAGAGUUUCCAAACAUGCACAAAGGUCAUAAAUAAGGCAAAACACGUGAAGAAAACUCUUCAAGUCGCCUUGAAUCUGGACAAAACAUAAAUAACAAAUCUAUUUUUAUCACAACACUUGAAUUCAACCUUUUAUUGUUAAUUUUCUCCAACUUUUAACGUUCCUGACUUGUCCUACAGGACAAUAUUGUAGUUUUUAAUUUAAAAAAUCUGCAAUGCUGCCCUAAUUGUGCCUCUAAGUUUCACAUUAUUGUACAUUUUUACAAAUGACACAAAUUAAAAUGCAUAUUUUUCAACCUGGUA